UUUCUGGAAGCAGUAAAGCUGUGGGCGAAGACCAAGUGGUGGACCACUAUGGAAUACUCUGACGUCGAGGUGAAGGCGAAGCUAGGCCUUUCGAAGCUCAAGGGAGGGGCUCUGAAGGCUCAUCCCAACUUCGUCUGGUACCAGGACUAUCUGCGCGAGGUUGAAAAGGAAAAGUUGAAUCUCUGGCUGAGCAACAAGAAGUCUCCGCGCGUAGUCUUCCAGGAGUUCGGGCUCAACAACUUGGUGCGCCCCCAGCUAAGCGACAAGUACCAGACCUACCUGCGCUACGCUACCAAGUACGACGACAAGGUCUUCUCGUUCCCGCCCUUCUACCCUCAGACCACGAUGGAGAAGAAGAUUUACGUCGAGAUCUGGGCCAAUGCACGCACGGACGCGUACGUCAAGAAACAAGAAAAUGCUGGGGAUAAAGGACGGCUCAGUCAACGCUUACGUAAGCGCUACUUUGAGGAAUUCAAAAGGCAAACCAUAUUUUUCAAACUACACGUUUGGGGGAAAAGGCAACGUCCUUAG